GUGAGCGCACGACGGAGACAGACGACAACGAACGACCCCAGCCAGCCAGCCACUGCACACGCAUCCACCCAUCCACCCACGCACCCACACAGUUCUCCACAAGGCACCCUUCACACACACACACAUACACAGACGACAGCACCAUGUCUGGCGUGAGCGUACCCGUGAAGUUGAUGCACGAGGCCGAGGGCCAUACCAUCACAAUUGAGCUGAAGAACGGCGAGAUGUACCGCGGCAAGCUGAUCGAGGCUGAGGACAACAUGAACUCGCAAAUGCGGGACGUCACCUUCACAGCCCGCGAUGGCCAGGUCACACAGCUCGACACCGUGUACAUUCGCGGCAGCAAAAUCAAGUUCUUCGUGCUUCCUGAUAUGCUGAAGAACGCACCAUUCUUCAAGAGGGCAAAGGGCGCCGCUGUCGGUGUUGGCAAGGCUGGCAUCCUCAAGGCAAAAGCUGCCGCUAAGGCUGCUGGUCGCGGCGGUGCGCCGAGCGGCGGUCGUGGUCGCGGCAGGGGGCUUGGCCGGCGCUAAACGAAUCAGCACAGGAGCGGGCGGAGGAACAAACAUGUUGGGAGUGCGUGCGCGCACGUGUCGAUCUGUUAGCGUGUUGGUUGUGUUUGAUGUGUAGUGGCGUUGGUGCGGACGUGUGGGUGUGUGCCCUGUGCAUGUUCUGUCGACUUGUGUCCAUGCGCGAGCAACGGUGUGUGAUGCCACACGACCGUGGCUGUGCACUUGUGAAUGGCCGAGCAGAGAAGCAGAAACAGAGAGAGGCAAAGCGCAAAAUGUUGGCGCCUGUGUCUGGUUGUCGUGUGUGUGUGCGUGUGUGUGCGUGCGCGUGUGUGUGCGUGUGCGUGUGUGUGUGCGAAUGAGCAAGUGCAUGUCUUGCUUGUUGUUUGCUUGGCUUUUGAGUGAAUAAAAGCAGGCGCAAUUGUGCCAUGUUGAUGAUA